AUGAACAAGCUGAAAGCUUGGGCGCCCCCCGUGACGGAAUCCCUGGAACCCCAAGUCCUCGAAGAGGUCUUGGGGGCCCUCUUUCCAUCCGAGGGCCCCCCUUUUGACGCGAGUGGUCGCCAAGAGGCGACCAUCCCGUGGUCAGAGGACUUGGAGGUUACAGAGGAGGAAAUGGCCGGCGUGAUCCGUCGACUGAGACUCCGGGGCAAUAAGGCCCCGGGUCCCGACGGGAUCCCCGGCCGGGUCUGGGUCCUGGCUUUGGCCCAACUGUCCGGGCGCCUGAGGCGGCUAUUCAAUAGCUGCCUCAGGGAGGGCGUAUUCCCCCCAGCAUGGGUGAGGGCUAGAUUAGUCCUCAUCCCAAAGGGGGGCAAGCCCAGCAACGCCCCUUCUGCAUACAGGCCGAUCUGCCUGUUGGACGAGGCGGGUAAACUCUUGGAGAGAGUGUUGAAGUACCUUGGUCUCUACCUGGACGCGGCUUGGAGCUUUGGCGGGCACUUUGAGCUUCUGGCCCCCAGGGCAGAGUCGGUGGCACUUAGCCUCAGCCGACUCUUGCCCAAUCUUGGGGGCCCGGAUGGCCGGGUGCGCCGCCUCUAUGCGAACACCGUCCAGGCGGUGGCCCUUUAUGGGUCACCGGUGUGGGCGGACGCCCUGGUGGCCAAUAAGCGGGGCAGCAUGUUGCUGCGCCGCGUGUUUAGGAGGGUGGCCAUCAGGGUAGUCCGAGGUUACAGGACGGUGUCGUACACGGCGGCCUCUUUAUUGGCUGGGAUGCCGCCCGUCGAGCUCUACGCAGACAUGUACGCGCACGUAUACGCGCGUACGCGUGAGCUCGGCGGGCUAGGCGUUGUUUUGACCCCAAAGGUCAAGGCCGCCGUGAGGCUUCAAGCUAGACGGCGCGCUCUGGAGAGGUUGAAGUACCUUGGUCUCUACCUGGACGCGGCUUGGAGCUUUGGCGGGCACUUUGAGCUUCUGGCCCCCAGGGCAGAGUCGGUGGCACUUAGCCUCAGCCGACUCUUGCCCAAUCUUGGGGGCCCGGAUGGCCGGGUGCGCCGCCUCUAUGCGAACACCGUCCGGGCGGUGACCCUUUAUGGGUCACCGGUGUGGGCGGACGCCCUGGUGGCCAAUAAGCGGGGCAGCAUGUUGCUGCGCCGCGUGUUUAGGAGGGUGGCCAUCAGGGUAGUCCGAGGUUACAGGACGGUGUCGUACACGGCGGCCUCUUUAUUGGCUGGGAUGCCGCCCGUCGAGCUCUACGCAGACAUGUACGCGCACGGAUAUCUAAAAGGUGUCGUGUAUCAGACAAUACCCACUACACCAGAAGAUAUGAAAGAGCGCAAGCAUGCAGAAAUAUACCGGAAAUCAUGUUAA